AUGGAGCUGAGGAACGAACCCCACCAAGCAGCCAGGCCAGCGCAGAAGGAAGAAGCUGCGGAAAUCUCGACAGAAAUCCCGCAUGAGACCAAUGAUGGUGAUGCGCGACUCUCUGAAAGGCGCAUCCUCACAAAGUGCGACCUCAACUUGCUGCCAAUGCUGUCUCUGCUGUUCAUGUGUACCAUUCUCGACAGGGUCAAUGUCGCAAAUGCCCGCAUACAAGGACUGGAGAAGGAUCUCCACAUGCACGGCCAGGACUUCAACGUCGUCCUGUUCAUCUUCUUCAUCCUGUACAUCUUGCUGGAAGUCCCCGCGAACAUCCUGAUCAGGAGAAUUCGACCGUCGCUUUUCCUCAGCGUCGUGGUCUUCGCCUUCGGCGUCGUGACCAUGUGUCAGGGACUGACCAGGUCGUAUGCCGGCCUCGUCGUCUGCAGAACAAUCCUCGGGGGCCUCGAGGCGGGCGUCUACCCUGGGUCGAUCUACCUGAUGACCAUGUUUUACAAGAGGCACGAGUUCCAGUGGAGGUUGAACAUCUUCUACGGCUCUUCCCUCGUCACGGGAGCCUUCAGUGGCCUCCUGGCCUACGCGAUCGCUCACAUGGACGGCAUUUCGGGGUACAGUGGGUGGAGAUGGAUCCUGAUCAUCGAAGGGCUGGUCACUAUCGCGGUCGCGAUCCCGGCGUACUGGAUCCUCCCCGACUGGCCGGAGACGGCGAAAUUCCUCACCGAAGACGAACGACAGUUCUGGGCGCGCAGACUGGCGUCGGACACCACGCACGUGGAGAUGAACAUUCUGAACAAGCAGGCGGUAAAGCGGUGCUUGGGCGACGUCAAGAUCUGGAUUGCCAGUUUCGCAUACCUCUGCAUCCUGACGUCCAGCUAUGGGAGCGCUUAUUUCCUGCCCACAAUACUCUUCGAGUUGGGCUGGACUUCGACCAAAGCCCAGGUCAUGACGAUACCCCUCUACGCGGUCGGAACCGUCGUGUGCUUGACCUGCGCUUUGCUCUCCGACCACCUCAAGCACCGGUUCUCGUUCGUCUUUGGUGGGUGUGUCGUCGCCAUCAUCGCAUAUGCCAUCUUGUUGUCAUACUUUUCCGUCUCGGUCGGCGUCCGGUAUUUCGCGCUUUACCUCCUCCAGAGCGGCCUAGUCGUGGCGCAGCCUGGGAUUGUAGGCUGGUUGAGCAACAACCUCGGCGGCCACUACAAGCGUGGAGUGGGGAUCGCCAUGCAGUUAUCCCUGGGGAAUAUCGGUGGCAUCAUCGGCAGCAACAUUUAUCUCAAGUCUCAAGCCCCAACUUAUCAUGUUGGUUUCGGGACGGGCGUGGGACUCCUUUCCGCCGGAGCAGUGGCUUCGUGCAUUCUCUUGUGGUACCUCCGGAGAGAGAACAGGCUCCGAGACAAGGGCGCAAGGGAUUAUCGCUAUAACUUGCCAGAGGCCGAGCUCCAGAAUCUGGGUGAUGAUCACCCUGCCUUCAGAUUCUCUUAUUGA